AUGAAACGUUUUCGAAGAUCUGGAUUAGCAGACGAUGAUGAAAUUGGGGCAAGCGCUGUGACUCUUCGUUCUCGUCCUUCCGACGAUUCAUCGAUCGUUAAAAAUGAGCAAGAAUAUGAGAGUGCCUGCGAGGAAGAGAGCGUUGUUUCAGCGAUGACAUCAGCAUCUGAUUUGGAAUCGAUUUACAAUGAAACAGCUACCAAAUUCCGUCCGCUCAAUCGCCGCGAACGGUUCCUAUUGCAGCAAAGCGUACCGGAACAUUCUAGAACAGUCAGCACUAUCUUGUCAGAGCAAGAACGCACAGAUCGACAAACGCUAUCAGCAACGGUUGCAAAUCAACUGGAAGAUGAUUCCGGUUAUGUGGAUCUCGCGACUUCAAACCCGUGGCUUCAACCAAGACCAUAUCAACCAUGGCAAAUGGAGUAUCCCGGAAAAACAUUAUUGGAUCCUCAUGAAAAGUUGACUGGCAACUUGCGAAAGAAGUUUGCUAUUUGGUAUGAUCGAGAAGACGUUCCUCUCGGUCGAAUCUUGGAAAGAGGCGAGUCGACACAGUCAUCGUAUGAAGAGGGGCAAUAG